CUGUCUGAAGUCCGCUGCCCAAAAAGCUGUCUAAUUUAUGUGUCGUCCAUUGACAAAGUACAGCAGCGUUCUCUUCUAUCUCCCAUUCAUAUUCAUGUUUUGUUGCUUCGGUCUCCCAAACGAGAGCAUUGCCCAUAAACAGAUUAUAAAAAUGGCGACCAAUGGAGAAGAGAAUGAAUAGAAAAACCAGAGGCCAAAAAGCAAGUGGGGGAAAAUGUCAUUAUUAUGAGGGAGAAUUGUUAGAAAGUGGGGGUAUAGGAUAUAGACCUGGGUGUGCAAGUGUAAUAGGGUGGGUAAAGGGGAAUGAGUCUCAUUUAUUUGACAGUGCAAUCGAUAACGGAGUUGAACAGAGAAACAUCCAUUACGAUUGAUUCCGAUGCUUCCUUGAAGGACACAGUCUUUGUGUCAAAACGUUGAGAAAGGAGGAGUACGCAGGCACAGAAGCAGUACUACAGCGGUUUGCCAUUCUCCCCACUAAACAAGUGUGGUUGCUAUUUUAUUUGUUUAUUUCACCAAUGGGAUAAAAAGUGAUUUGACUACGCUGAGAGGCAACUGUUCAUUCUCCAAUCCCUUUUGCUUUGGGAUAUAAAAUGGGUAAUGCGGCAACGCCAGGUUUAUCUGCAAGCAGCAGCUCUCCAAAAUGGGUUCGUUUGCACAUGGAAAGAGCAGCAGCACUACUAUCUUCUUGGUUUGUAUUUCCGUUUUCACAGCUCUCGAUCAUCUGUGUACAUUACACAUUCGUGUGGCUGCCAAAAGCAACGUGUACAUCGUUUAUAUGGGCCAAAAACCACAUGAUAAUGAAGAACUGCUGGUAAAGGCCCAUCAUGGAGUUCUUGCCUCUGUCCUUGGGAGCCAAGAAGGAUCUGUAGAUUCCCUGGUAUAUAGCUACAAAUAUGGAUUUUCUGGUUUUGCAGCAAAGCUUACCAUGGCUCAAGCACAAAUGAUCUCAGAGUUGCCUUCAGUGGUUGAAGUCAUACCCAAUCGUCUUCACAAGAUACAAACAACUAGGAGCUGGGACUACCUUCAACUGUCUCCACGAUUUCCAAACUCUCUUCUACGGAAAUCAAGAAUGGGGAGUGGGGCCAUCAUUGGUGUCCUUGAUACAGGAAUCUGGCCCGAGUCUGAAGUUUUCUGUGAUGAGGGUCUGGGGCCUGUGCCCUCUAGGUGGAAGGGAAUAUGCGAGUCAGGAGAGCUCUUCAGUCCAGCCAAGGCUUGUAGCAGAAAGCUAAUUGGAGCCCGAUAUUUCGUCAAGGGGCUGGAAGCUGCAUAUGGACAUCCCUUAAAUAAUAGUGAGUUCCAAGAUUACUUGUCUCCAAGAGAUAGAUCAGGACAUGGCACACAUGUCUCUUCAGUCGCUAGUGGCUUCUUUGUGCCCAAUGUUAGUUACCAUGGGCUAGCUGUUGGAACGGUAAGGGGUGGCGCGCCCCACUCUCGGAUUGCUAUGUAUAAAGUCUGUUGGCAAGUGAAUGGAGGCGUAUGCGCAGACAUAGACAUUCUCAAGGCCAUCGAUCAAGCGAUAUAUGAUGGUGUAGAUGUACUAUCUCUGUCCCUCGGUCCUUCCUUUCCUUCGUACUCUGAUGUUGACAUGCGCAAUGGGAUUGCAAUUGGCGCAUUUCAUGCUGUGGCGAAGGGAAUAGUUGUUGUUGGUGCAGCAGGAAAUUCUGGUCCAGCAGCUUACUCUGUCUCUAAUAUAGAACCAUGGUUAUUGACAGUCGCAGCAAGUUCUGUCGAUCGUUCAUUCUUAGUAGCGAUUACAUUAGGAAACAACUGGACUACCAUGGGACAAGGGAUGUUCAGCGGAAAAUUGACGAAGUUCAUCAAUUUAGUGUAUCCUGAGGUCUCUGAUCUGGAUGACGAACGUGCUUGCGAAUCUCUAUCCUUGAAUGAUACAUGGGCAUCUGGAAAUGUGGUUCUGUGUUUUGCAUCAGAUGAUUAUAAUGACAACACACACAAUACUUCCUGGUCCGUCAAAAAAGUUGGUGGGUUGGGGCUCAUUGUUGCCAAGAAUCCUACCAAGGCGGUCGAACCGUUCAUAGACAACUUCCCAUGCGUUCAAAUAAGCCUUGAUAUUGGAAUGCAGAUACUCAACUAUAUCCGCUCCACCAGAAAUCCCCAAGUCAAGAUUGGUGCUUCAACCACACGUGUUGGUCAGCCAUUGUCCACCACUGUGGCCUACUUCUCAUCUCGAGGACCUAAUUCAGUUGCUCCAGCAAUACUGAAGCCAGAUAUUGCGGCUCCAGGCGUUGCUAUUUUAGCUGCUGUUCCUCCGUCUGACCCAAAGAACAGAAAUUCUUAUGCUUUCAUUUCUGGUACAUCCAUGGCAACUCCUCAUGUAUCAGCCAUUGUUGCCCUUCUCAAAACAUUGCACUCUCAUUGGUCCCCUGCCGCAAUCAAGUCAGCCAUUGUUACAACAGCCUGGAGUUCGGAUCCAUAUGGCGCAGUAAUAUUCGCGGAGGGACGGCCAAUGAUGUCUGCCCGUCCUUUCGAUUUUGGAGGUGGAAUAGUGAACCCCAAUAAAGCAGUGGACCCUGGUCUUGUAUACGACAUGGGAAUGGCAGAUUAUAUUCAGUAUUUCUGUGCGAAGGGCUAUAACAACUCCGCCAUCUCGGGGAUUUCCAAGAGGUCCAUAUCUUGCCCCAAAAGACGACCAUCUAUUUUGGAUAUAAACGUGCCAUCCAUAACAAUACCCAGCCUUACUCACUCGGUAAGUCUCACCAGAACUGUCACAAAUGUGGGUGCGAUCAAUUCCUCAUACAAGGCUGCCAUUGAGGUCCCGCCCGGCAUCACCAUAGCCGUAAAGCCUCGUAUACUAAAAUUCAACCACAAGACGAAGAGCAUCUCCUUCACCGUUACUAUCUCUUCUAAUCAAAGAGUAACAACCGGAUACUGUUUUGGAAGCUUGACUUGGCUGGAUGGAGUUCAUUCCGUUAGGAUCCCAGUUUCUGUAAGAACUAACAUUUGACGUAAACUUGAUAAUCAGUAAUCGGUGGCCAGUCAAAUGGACGUGUUUGUACGACCAAUAUCAUGUAGUAUAUGAAUAAAGUAUAAAUGUGGUGACUGAGACAGACUUUUAAGAAAGGAAGAGAGAUGUAUCAAGAUUCAAGUACAAACAUUACAACCUAACCAGAACUGGCCAUGCUAAAUCUUUCAUUUAUUAUAAUAUUGUGCAUCUCAUUGUACCCAA